AUGGGGCGAUUUUUCGGUAGUCAUUUAUAUUCCUCAGCAGACGAGGAUCUCUCUGAGGAGUCUUCCGAAGAUCUCUCCGAGACAGACGACGAGAUGGCCGAAGCAGACGACGAGAUGGCCGAAGCAGACGAGGAUCUCUCUGAGGAGUCUUCCGAAGAUCUCUCCGAGACAGACGACGAGAUGGCCGAAGCAGACGAGGAUCUCGCCGAGACAGACGGCGAGACAGACGGCGAGAUGGCCGAUUCAGAUGAGGAUCUCACCGAUUCAGACGAGGAUAUCACCGACGCGGAUCUUGCCGAGGCAUAG